CAUCCAAACACACCCUUAUAACUACAAACGAACAUACAAAAAAAUCCUAUUCUUCUUCACCUUCUCUCUCUUUUGUUGUUUGGUUUCUAGGAAAAUAGCUAAGAAAAUUGUUGAAUUCUUGUGGGGAAGCUAUGAACAUGUUGUUGUUUGAGCAGCAGUUACAGCAGCCGCCACUGCCAGAUGAGGUGGAGGUGACGAUGGGCGGGAGGAGGACGGUGAUCGGGACGAGGGGCGGGGCGGUCGUGGUGGAGAGAAAUAGGAGGGUGGUGAUGGAGGAGGAAGAGAGGCUUGAGAUUGUGGAUUUGAGUGGCAUUUCAUUGAGUUCUUUGCCAAAUCCUAAUCUCAAUUUGGCUACCAUUUGCAAGUUAGAUCUCUCUAAUAAUAAUCUUCAGAGCAUCCCGGAGUCUCUAACAGCAAGACUAUUAAACGUUGUUGUAUUAGACGUUCACUCAAACCAACUGAAAUCUCUCCCUCACUCCAUUGGUUGUUUGACUAAACUCAAGACUUUAAACGUCUCCGGCAAUCUCAUCACUAUCCUUCCCAAAACUCUUGAAGAUUGCAGAUGUUUGGAAGAACUUAAUGUGAAUUUCAACAAGUUGAUAAAACUUCCCGACACAAUAGGGUUUGAACUAUCCAACCUAAGGAAGCUCUCAGUGAAUUCCAACAAGCUAGUUUAUCUUCCUCAUUCCAUCUCUCACCUUAAAAACCUUCGUGUUCUCGAUGCUCGCCUAAACUCCCUCACUGCCCUCCCCGAUGACCUCGAGAAUCUUAUCAAGCUAGAAGUCUUGAAUGUUAGCCAAAACUUCCACCAUCUCCAAACUUUACCUUAUUCUAUUGGGCUUUUAUUGUCUCUAGUUGAACUCGACAUUAGCUACAAUAGAAUCACUUCUCUCCCUGACUCUAUUGGUUGUCUCAAGAGACUUCACAAACUUUGUGUCGAUGGAAACCCGUUGUCGUCCCCGCCCCCGUUCGUGUUUGAACAAGGAGUACACGCUGUUAGAGAGUAUUUGAGUGAGAAGAUGAAUACACGAAACUUAAGCUUGCACAAAAAGAAGUCAUGGGUGGGCAAGUUGGUUCGAUAUGGUACGUUCAAUGGUGGCUAUGGGUAUUUUAGAACUAGUGAGCCACGUGAGGAUCGAGAAGCUUUCAUGUAUUCUCAAUAUCGCUCCAUCGAUGGUCUCACUUCACCAAGGUACAUAGGAACGUUCGCGCCACGACGCUUCUUUUGGACUCGAGGGUAUUGGACUAGAUGAUGCCAUUGUCAAUGCCGUCAUUCAAAAAUACAACUUUUGGGAGUGAAACAUUAAUAUCUCUAUUUUAUCGUAUUUUGAUAGUUUUAAGUUUGAUGGAGUGUCAAGAGAAUACAAGUUGUGUAACGAAGUAUAUGUUUUAUAUGUAUAGCCCUCUUUACAUAACGUAGUGCCAUUUGAGAGUGAGAUUAGUUAAUAAAAUGGAGUGUAAGAGUUCAUACAAACUCAUGCUUGAUUAACA